CCCAUCACGGCCUGAGGCAGCCCUCCUCCAUUCCUUAAGGCUCUUCGAGGACGACGCCGAAGCCGAGACAGCGUGAACGAGAAGAUCAACCCCCGAGUCGCCGGCGUUGUUGAUGCGGAAUUGGAAGAACUUGAAUUCGAUCUGACGAGCUCCAUCAUGAUUCAGUUUGUACUUCUAAUCAGUCGUCAAGGGAAGGUCAGGUUGACAAAAUGGUAUUCUCCAUACACACAGAAGGAGAGAAAUAAGGUCAUCCGAGAGCUCAGUGGAUUGGUUCUUACUAGAGGACCUAAACUCUGUAAUUUUGUGGAGUGGAGAGGACUUAAGGUUGUUUACAAAAGAUAUGCCAGUCUCUAUUUUUGUAUGUGCAUUGAUCAGGAUGACAAUGAAUUGGAGGUCCUGGAGAUAAUUCAUCAUUUUGUUGAGAUUUUGGACCGGUACUUUGGCAGUGUUUGCGAGUUGGACUUGAUAUUUAACUUCCAUAAGGCUUACUAUGUUUUGGAUGAGCUUUUGAUUGCUGGUGAACUUCAAGAGUCAAGCAAGAAAACAGUCGCACGGUUGAUAGCAGCUCAGGAUUCACUGGUGGAAGCUGCAAAGGAACAACAGAGUUCAAUAAGUACCAUUAUUGCCCAAGCCACCAAGUAGGAUAUACAGUUUGCUCACAAUUCCCCACUGUACUCACUGUGCUUGAAGUAUGCUUCCUGCAACUCUAUGUUUCGAGCUUUCCUUGCAGUGGUUGAGUUGUCAGUUUUGGUUGUGGAUGCACCUACUAUGAUGGUUAAUGCAACAUAUACUGUGAGAUAUGCUUCCUGUAAUACGCUCGUUUUAGUGUUCGAUCGAAAAUAGAUACAGACAAGAUCCUCAGUGAAACAACUAUGAGUUCUGAUGGCCUAAUGAUCAUUCGCCGACCUUACCAUCCGUAA